UAAAUAGACCUUCAAAGCCAUUUGUCAUGUCUGUCAGUGACUGUUGUUGCCUCCCCUGGCUUGCUGAAAGUUGGACCAAUUGGGACAUGUCUUGAUUUUCCUGAAAGCACGGUGUCCUCGCAGGUACCAAAAGGAUUGGGUAAGAUGCACGAUUAACAGAAGGUAAGGCACCAACUGGUUGCCAUAUGACAAGUCUAAGAAUGAAGACAGACGUGGCCCCCACCAUUGAGCGUGCAGAAGUUCGAUCCAAAAAGCCAGUCAGCCACUUCCUCCACCUUGUCAGAUCUGUCAAGCCCAAUGGAGCACGUUCAAGAAGAGGGCAAAGGAGGAGGAGGUGGAGGUGCCUUGGAUGAUGGAAUUUGCUGAGAGAUUCUCUGGCUUGUUUGCAUGAUGCCGGCCCUGAAUGGUUUAGGACAACUUGAACAACCACGUGUUUCAAGAUGCCGGGAAACGAGAUUGUACCACGGACGUGUGCAUGCGUGUGUGUGUCUGUGUGAGUAAGUGAGGGUGCCCGUACACAUUGAGAUCAUGGUGUCGCCCUCUGGAUUUGUGGUCAAAGAAUUGGCGAGGGAGCCACGGAGACGAGGUAAUGUUGUCUCUGAAAGCAGUGCUAUAAAUAUAACAACAGCCAUCCAGCCAAUCAUUCAUCCAGCCUUCGGCUGAAGACCAAAGGCCAUAAAGGUCGAUUGUGCUUCACAAAAGUGCGUUCAAACCUAUCGGUUCCUAUCACAGAUCCUCUUGGAACCAAGAUCUCAAUCUCUCUUUAUUGGCCGCUUUAAUUCUCAAACCGGAUUUAAAAGCCGUUUUAUCAAAGGCCGGGUAGGCGUUUUCCUUGGUUCCAUUUUCCAGUGCCCGGAUAGGAUCCUUCCAAGAUACGGAAGCGUUGCUUUAGCAACUUGCACAAUCCUUGCACACCACGCACUUCAUUCACACACUGAAAACACGGCACAUUUCACAUAAAACCAUGUACAAGAGUAUCGCAGUUGGAUUGGUCAUGGCUAGUGCCGCUUCAGGCGCAGAUCUUGUUCGACGAGACACCGGUGGCGGCGGAGGACACGCUCACGCUCACGGCUCCAGUGGCGGUGGUAGUGGUGGUGGACAUGCCCAUGGACAUGCCUCUGCUGCUCCUGCUGAGUCCUCAGGCUACUCCCAACCUGCCCAAGGCUAUUCCGCUCCUUCAACUGGAUAUGCUCAACCCUCCGGAGGAUAUGAGCAGCCUUCUGCUGGAUACGGUUCUUCCCAAAGUUACUCUCAACCCUCGGGAUAUGGCGGUUAUGAUGUGGGUUAUGAGGAAGAGGGCGGCAAAUUCGAUAUCUCCGCAGUCAUUAUCCCCAUUCUCAUUGUCUUCGGACUCUCCCUUCUUUUCCCCACAAUCACCUCUGUCGCUGUUGGCAACGGCGGCCGCAAAAGGCGUGAUGUUGAGGAUGCUGCUGGUAAUCCUUUGAACGAUGUUGUUGAGCGUGUCAAUUCCAUCUACAUGGCCGUGGUUGAGAGCGAAGAGUGUAUGGAGCGAAUUGCUUGUGAGAUCGGUGGUCUCGCCAACGAUGCUGGACUUCGAGACAGCGCCAUCACCAAGAUGGCUGAUCCUCUCGUGCCUUCGAAGUACAAGAAGUUCAUGACGCAAUUCAAGGCCGGGCAGAACUGCCACAAGCUGAAGUGCGGUCAAAUGUUCUAAGUCUCAUCUUUGACUUAGGAAAAGAACCAAUUCAUCAACCAACACGAAACCAACAAAUUUCAAAUCAGAUCUCAAAUGAAGAGAGAGACCAGCCAGUGGAAUGAAACCCUCAGUGCAUUUCUUGUCUCUCGUGUGAUUCAUAGUGCUCCCAGCACUUUUCAUACCUCUGGCUCGGUUUUGAUUUUCGUUGAGGACCAACACAAAAAGCGUACUACAUCAAAUAUUCCUAACCAUCACCAUUCGAGUACCUCCCCGCUACAAUAUUAAGGAAACGGAACGAAAACAACAACUACAACAACAGCAACUCUUAUCACGUCUACAGCCAAUUCUCUACUCGUGCCAGAUCUGAAAUCUUUUUCAUGGUUCUCAGUUUUUUGGCAGACGGGAAAGAGCAGUCACAAGGAGGCUUGGUGUAAUCGCAUUUUUACCAAGACCUGAAUCCUCCCACCUCUUCGCAUUGUGAUUUUGAUCCUAUGUGGGAUUGAGCCACUUCAAAAGUAUGUGAAAUUCACACUUUUUCUCCAAACCUCUACUACUACCACUGCUACUAUUACUAUCAAAUCUCUUCCCUCUUAAUUGCUUCUUGUUGCUCCAAGUGUGUGAGCACUCCUCUUUUGGGUUAUUAUCAUUUCUCCUGGGCGACCAACAAAACUGCUAGUCCGCCCCAACUGUCGGUGAAGGUGUGGAUGAAGGCCCCUGCAAUUAACAGUGAACGUUGUGAAGAGGCUUGGCCGGAACUUGAUAGGUCACACGCAAUCUCAUAUCCCGCAACUCUACUACUACUACCACUACUACUACUACUUCUACUCCCAGGGAUAGUGAACCACAAUCAAUGUCCGGACAAGCCCUAGUGUCUAGGAUCAUCGUCUCCCUGUCAUUGCCCAGGUCAACAAAGCACCGUGCUCUUCCCCUCUCUCCCACCACUUUGCCCCUCUGUCCAUCUAUCUCUACAGACUUCGUGCUCCCUCCUCUGCAAGACGGUCCCCGCCUACCAACACAACCCCAACAACAAUAAUAAUAACAGCAACAACCACCAACCUUGAUGAUGUCUCUGCCGAUUGAUCUACAUGCAGUCAGCAAACUCAUGAUCCCACCCUUGGUCCCCUUUGGACCACGGUUGUUUCUCCAUUGACAGUGGGUGCUUCUUGCGCUUACGCCAAACAAGAAGAAGGAACCACCGCAGGGGAUUGCCAUUUUCCGUUCUACUAUACACAUAAGUACUUCUGAGCUAAGAGUCAGGAAGUCAAUAGGCAUAAUCAAAUGAACAUCAGCUUGUCUCUGAACUUCUCAUACUGCGGCCAUGUUAACAGCAUUGGAUAGUAGUGUGCUAAAACGAAUCUCUUGGAACCCACCCGAAAAGCAAUACAACAACAACACCAUUUGACAUCACUUCUUGAAAGGAUGAGCUGCUGCUGACAAACCAAUCGUUUGGAUGCGUUCCAUUCGAUCAUCGACCAAUUCCAAGAGAACUUAGGAGUUGAGGUGGCGGCGGCGGCGGCUGUGGUGGAACACGCGCACACAUAAACACCAAUCACUUCCACCCAACAAGACAAAAACCUCUUUUUCUGUGUUCUCAAAAUCGAUUGUGAAGAAGACAACUUUCGUUCUGGUCUCCACAGUGGACAAAGGCUUGGCUCUUUCAUUACAAUCAUUUUCUGAACCCCGAAAGUAUUUUCUUGUCUCCCACUCUGUCUGUCUGUCUCUCUCCCUCCUCCAACGACGACGAGAGUGUUCGUUCCUCUUUAGAAUCCACCACAAUGUCGGUGGAUCACCAUUUCAAUCUUCUUUUGCAAUUUGACUGAAGAAAAAUGCUUUAUUAUCCUCCAUCAUGUUCUUCUUGGAAUCAACUUUAUGAAAUACUCCAAAUGGGAUCUUUCUGAACGAAAAACAAGCAAACUAUGGGUGAACCCAAAUCAACACCAUUCGAAGGCUCUCCAAGCAUGGAGGAAACCUGGAAGGAGGUGUUUGCUCAAGCAAUCAAAAUGUCUUCUUCAUCUCUGGCUUCCAAACCCGCCGAGAAGCCUCGAGCACCGACCCAACCAACCUCGUGCUCUCUGGUUGAUCCAAGUGGUUGUGUCCACUAUUUCAAGAAGAAACCUACUACCCUACGUCAUCUAUUGUAUUCUCGUAUUAUAAUCCAGGGAUUUUAUUGAUAUCAUAGCUCAUCCACGUCCACUAGCACUACAUAAUCUCGCCGUAGUAGACAGUUCUCGUCGACUCAUUCAAAACUGUUGGGUCGUCGCCGACUCUGCCUGUACUCUGAACCUUGGCACAGAUGCUAAUGUGUAAUCUACAGUUACAUCUAGUUGUGUCAUAGGAGAAACAUUUUAUACAAUCAUAUCUAUAUCUAUAUAUAUUCUUAUAUAUAAUAAUAAAUCUACUUGUGUCUUA